GAAGAACAGCACCUCGCCCCGUGAGCCGCAGGAUCCGCCCGGGGGUCACUCGUCCCCAGCGGUGUCCCCAGGGCCGCCCGGACGGUCCCGCGGCUCGUGGCAGGUGCGCGUGUGCCCGCCCCCUCCGGCGCUCCCGCCUACGCCCCUCCCCCCACCCCAGGACCCAGCCCGGAGCCCGGCGCCCCGCAGCGGCCGGGGGAAGUGCGGCCCGGGGGGCGGAGCCAGGGCCGUGCGGGUGGAGUCGUGAGCCGCGGCGGCGGAGGCCCGGGCCGGCUCCCUGUGCUACCAUGGCGUUCGGGAAGAGUCACCGGGACCCAUACGCGACCUCCGUGGGCCAGCUCAUAGAAAAGGCUACAUUUGCUGGAGUUCAGACUGAAGAUUGGGGCCAGUUCAUGCACAUCUGUGACAUAAUUAACACUGCCCAUGAUGGGCCAAAAGAUGCAGUAAAAGCUUUGAAAAAAAGGAUUUCCAAAAACUACAAUCAUAAAGAAAUCCAACUUACCUUGUCACUUAUUGACAUGUGUAUGCAGAACUGUGGUCCGAGUUUCCAGUCUCUGAUUGUGAAGAAGGAAUUUGUUAAAGAUAGUCUAGUUAAGCUGCUGAGUCCCAGAUACACCUUGCCAAUAGGCAUUCAGAAUAGAAUUUUGAAUUCCAUUAAGACAUGGUCGCAGGGUUUCCCAGGAGCUGUGGAUGUAAGUGAAGUGAAAGAAGUGUAUCUGGACCUCCUUAAGAAAGGUGUUCAGUUUCCUCCAAUAGAUGCAGCGGCUGAAACAGCCAGACAAGAGACUGCUCAGAUCUCACCGAAUACACCAGUAUCUGUUCCUACUGCACCAGCUCUUUCUUCUGUAGUUCCCAAGAGCUCCACUAUUAUAUUGGUCCCAGAACAGAUUGGAAAACUGCACAGUGAAUUGGAUAUGGUGAAAAUGAAUGUGAGAGUGAUGUCUGCCAUAUUGAUGGAGAAUAUUCCUGGGUCUGAAAACCGUGAAGACAUGGAGCUUCUGCAGAAACUUCAUAAGACAGGUCGGGAGAUGCAGGAGAGGAUCAUGGACCUGCUCGUGGUGGUGGAGAAUGAAGAUGUCACUGUUGAGCUAAUUCAGGUGAACGAGGAUUUGAAUAACGCCAUCCUUGGAUAUGAGAGGUUCAUUCGAAACCAACAAAGGAUUUUGGAGCAAAAUAAGAACCAGAGGGAAGAUGCCAAUACUUCCACUGAACCUUCUGCCCCGUCCUCUGAUCUCCUUGACCUGAGUCCCAGCCCUCUGAUGCAUAGGGCCAGUUUGGGAGAACUCAACACCCUGAAUGCUCAGCUUUCAGACUUAAAUUUCAGCUCUCCAAGUCCUGUUGUAACAAACAACUUGAAACCCAGUCUUCAUCCACAGGUGGAUUUGCUAGCCUCAGAAAACACAGAAACACCCCUGUUUGUCCAAAGGACCAGCCAAAACCUCGCCUCAAGUCCUACAUAUGAGAGUUUUCCGGAAUAUUCAAAUUCAGUAUUACUACAGCCAGUUACUCUAAAGACCACUCCAGCAACACCAUCAAACCAGAGACUGCCAUCCCUGCCCAGCAAUCAUCCAGCGAUGACAAAGAAUGAUUUCCAGCCACCCAAUUACCACGAGGUAAUGGAGUUUGAUCCCUUAGCUCCUGCUGUCACCACAGAAGCUAUUUAUGAAGACAUUGAUGUUCACCACCAUAAAGGAGCUCAAAGUCACACUGACUGUUGAGGUGGAAGUGGAUGACCAGCUCACUAGCAGCAUUAUGGGUGCCGAUUCUCCUAAAGGUAUACCCUGUCCAGCUUUGAGACCCAGAAGUU